UCGGCACCUGCACGUCCGUGUCUGCAUGUCCGUGUGCGGUGUCCGCGCCGUCCCUGCUGCCUGUCCCGCUCGCCCCCGCUAUGAAUAUGCGGUUGGCGGCGACUCGGCUAAAUUUAGCAGGCUUAUAUUUGGCACUCUUUACCCUGCGUAUUAUUCUUACAAAGCCGUGAAAUCAAAGGACAUCAAAGAAUAUGUCAAAUGGAUGAUGUACUGGAUCAUAUUUGCGCUCUUCACGACAGCAGAGACAUUCACGGAUAUCUUUCUUUGCUGGUUUCCAUUCUACUAUGAACUCAAAAUAGCUUUUGUAGCUUGGCUGCUGUCUCCAUACACAAAAGGCUCCAGCCUCCUGUACAGGAAAUUUGUUCAUCCAACACUGUCUUCAAAAGAAAAGGAGAUCGAUGACUGCCUCGUCCAGGCAAAAGACCGGAGCUACGAUGCCCUUGUGCACUUUGGAAAGCGGGGGCUGAACGUCGCAGCCACGGCAGCCGUCAUGGCAGCUUCAAAGGUCUCUCAGCUACUUCAUUUACACUUGUAUUUGGACCAGAAAAAAGGGCAGGGACAGGGGGCCCUGUCUGAGAGACUAAGGAGCUUUAGCAUGCAGGAUCUCUCAACAAUUCGUGGAGAUAGCAGCAGCACUGUUCCUCCUUCGGUCACUGUACGAACAAGUAGCAAACAGAGUCAGCCAAAAACAUCCAGAAGUGCAUCGGAAGGCACUGGCAGCUCAGUGUGCACGUGUUGCUCAGUAUGCCGACUCCUCAGAGGUGUGGACAAUAAGUAUGAAAAGCCACCUGAGGCAAACUGUGAAACAAAAGGCUCUGUGUUCUCAGAUGAUGAAGAGAACGAUUCAUUGGAUUGUGCAUCCAUGAACAAAAGGCCCAAAAAGAAGGAUCGACCCCUUGAGGCACCGCCUAGGACCCUUAGACCUCGCUUCAGGAAGAAAAGUACCUCGUCCUCUGCCACUGAAACAAUGUGAGUGCAAUGAGCCAAUAGCACCAAGAUCCACAGAAUGUCUCUCUUCUGCCUUAAAGAGCUACUCGUUAAUAAUGUAGGAAACAGCAGUGGGAUGGAUGUGCUUUGAUGUACAGCAUUGUAGACAUGGCCUUUCUCUCUCCUCUCUCUGUAUCCUUCUGUUACAUGCUUCUCGCGUUUGUCCGUGAUGUGGGUAGGACAGUCUGGCAGACACCUGCAGGUUAAGAGUCCUUGUUUCGUUUGCAGAGUGUACACCCACUCGCACUAGUUCUGUAAGGCUGUUCGUUCACAACUCUCAUUUGUGUCUGCAUAGCUCUAGCUCUGUGAAUGCACAGCAGAAACAAAAAUAAUCAGUUACUCACGAUGAUACAUUGACAAUGUAUUUAUUUAUGGCUUUACCAUUAAUGAAGUGGAUUUGCAGACGCCAUGGAUUACUCUUUCCUCCCUUCCUCCUCAAGACUGUGAAAGAUGUAACAAAUGUCAAAGUGCUUUGACUGUACCAAAUGUCCAAGAUUCAUUAGCGAAAGCUGAGCUGCAACUCCAUUUCUCUUUCUGCAAGUAAAUCACGUGUUCUAAGAAAAUCAUUGUGCUAAAAACCAUAGAGACAGAACCACUUACAGAGGAUGAGGAAGAGGUGUGGAAGAGAAAAUAAAUGGUUUCAACGAUGUAACGAAGGGGGAGUCUUAAUUUUUAUCAGCCUGAGCCAGGAGAGUAUUGUGUGGAAAAUGACAGCGGCUAGAACAACUAGAUCGUAUCGCUUGCGGCAAAUGUUCUACUGCUGGUUUUAAAAUGUAAGCGAGCCAGGCUUUUACUAGCUGCAGCGACAAAGGUAGAGUCACUUCAGUGAUGCACUUCCAGGGGAAAACGCACCUCUCUCCCCUGCCUGCACCAGUGUCAGUCCCAGCGCUCUGCUUUCCCAGCGAGGUGCUGCUGACGAGCAGAGCAGGGCGCUGGGUCUGAGCUGCUUUUUGAAGCCUGGAGUUUGGUUAGAACCACAAGAAUCAGAUGGAGUGGUGUAUUUGUAUCCAUAUAUAAAUGAGAAAUAUAAAAGAAGAGGAAGACGUGGUAGGGUUUGUGUAUUUGUGCUUCAAGUUGGUGUCUCUUGUAAGUGUUGAGCAUGUGAGAUUCACACAUAAGUUAAUUACGUGGCCCUUUGUGUUUGCUCUUGGAACCUGUCACAUAGACUAGAAAAACAUUUAGCAUUACGUAGGACGUGCCAUCACUAAUGGAUCAGUACACAGGCUUGAUGGUGAACAGUACUGUUAAUCUAGUUCAGGUGCAGCAAGCCAGGAUGUCAACAGCCGGCUGGAGUGUAUCAGGCUCAGAGAUAAAUCUGAAGUGGCCUUUGAAACCUUUUCUCUGCCGGAUAUGCAUUGAUAUCCCAGCUGUCCCUGUCCGAUGAAUCCCUGAGGUUUCCCCCAGAGCUUCCUACGCACGCGGGGAAGAGAGAAAUAAAUUAUACGCACGCACAAAUGUUUAUCUGACCUGGCUAAGAAGUGGAAAAAGCAAGCAGUUAUUUCCUGUGUCUGCCACAGUAUUUGGCCUCAUUACCCGAGAAUUUUAUUUCCUUUACAUGUGCUAAUUCAGUCAUAUUUUGCAAUGAGUAAGAAGGAAAAAGUCUUCAGAAAGUAAAUUGUAAAAAACCAACAAACCUGUCUAAAUAGCAGUUACAGAAGAGUCAGUCCUUGGAAGAUACUCAGCAAAAGCUUUGAGGAGCUAAGCUUUUGUGUUUUAUUUUUAAGCAGCUUUCGAGUUCAUUUGAUUUCUUUUGGCAAACAUUAAAAAGAAAUAGAAAAACUGCCUGCAGUGUUAGCAGAAAAUAAAAUCCUGUUGCAAGCAAGCUAUGUUUCCCUGCUCUGCUAUGGGCUGCCAUAAGAUAAAAAAGCAGCUGACAAGUUUGCACUGAAUUAUGCCAAAAAACCCCAGUAACAUAGAGCUACGCAACAUCUGACAAAUUCUAUUCUCAGACACGCUGUAUUAACAUUGAUUCUCACUAAAAUUAUUAAAUGUGCGUCUAAUCUGCUGUUUUACUGUAAACUUGACUGUUUAGCAUUUCUGAAGUGCUGAGGUGAAGUAGUCGACAAGGGAGUUGCCUUAUAUCUCUCAAAACAUUCAAUGUGUAAAUGAGAAAAAUAAACCUUUUCGUAUCUCUGGCAAAAAUGCAUUAAUUUAUCAACCGAGCUGUAUAUUUGUGUAUAGAUAGACAAGAAAUGCGAAUGCCUAACCACGUGCACUUUGUGCUGUAGUGUUCUGUAUACAGAAGAGAAUGGUCGUUUGCUUUUGAUUCCUCAUCUUCCACACACAGGUUGUUUACAGGUGUUGCCCCAACUCCGUCAUUUCACUCUUUGGCUGCCUGCGUUCACGCAGAAUAACCACUGGACACGAAGUGUCUUUGUUGCAGUUUUUCUCUUGAGCCUCUGCCAAGGAACAAACCCGAUUCCUGCGCUGAUGCUGACCCCACCUGGCAAAGGAGAGUUUGCAGGACUUGAGCAAAGAGAGGAUGCAUGGAUGGUGGAUUUUAGGUGGGUGGUGAUGGGGAGCAGUUCUCAGCUCCGAGGGUGCAAGCCGGCUAACCGCUUGUAGAUUACUCCUCCUAAAAGCAAGCAAUCCUUCAGCUGAUGGUUUAAAAUAGCGACACAUCUGGCUUAAGUAAGCAGAGCCUGGUUAUAGGGGACUUUGAGGCAGCCGGCCUCUAUGAUCAGUGCUGCAGGGUGGGCAGGCACCUCCUGACUGCUCAGAGAUGGCCUGAGAACGUAACCUGAAAGGAACAGGCCAGCCUAGAAAAUACAGCCCUUACCCAGCACAAGGCUCAAGUCAAACUUGCAUUAUGACGAGCGAGUAAAAUUGAGGCUGAGGGGAAGGAAACCACAGCUGGAGAUGGUCCAUGGAAAAUGGGCCCAUGAAUUACCUCACCCAUUUACUGUAAAUCCACCUCAAUUCUGGCUAAGCUUGAGCAGCUCGGUGCAGUCCUCCACACCUCCUUUCUCAUCGUAGGGCCCAGUGUCAGCGCAGUUACAGCCGUUACCAAUUGCUGAAUCAGGAUCGCAUCAAAUACAGCCAAGACAGACUUCACGUGUACCGCUGUCACCUUGGAAUUAAUCCCACGCUACUCUAAAUUGUGUCAGUGCAAACCCAGCGCAGAAGGAAAGGAGAAUCGGGUUAUUUAUUCCUAAUGAGAGGGAGAAAGCUGCUCGGAGACACACAAUGCUCCCCAGCCUCAUGUAAACAACCUGCUGCCUCUGACUGCUCUGAAGUGUUCUCACAUCGUGAUGAAACCCUUGUACGUGUGACCGAAUGCUCGUUAAUCACAGUCUCCUCUUUGCUGUUUGUUUUGCAUCUAGCACCCUAUUUGAAAUAGAGAGUUGGGAUUUGCGUUUAGACAAACUACUUAAGGAUCCUCAUUGUGCACUUCACGUGAUUUCUUUCCUGUGAUGGGUAGAAAAGAUCUGUGAUGAAAUGGUACACUUCAUGCCUCACAAGGAUGGUCAUUACAACAGUAUUCCAAAGGUUGAUGUUUUGCUGGUUUUGUUAUACUGCUUGAUAUACAUCUUGAAUAAAGUCUUAAUCUUUUCUUUAAAAAAAAAAGGAAAAAAAGGAAGAAAACCUCUUUAGAGUCUGUUCAAUGUAUCUGGCAGGCCAGAAUAAUUACUUUGAUCGCUGUAUUAUUUUUAUCUCAAUUCUGGCUGACUGUAUAUAGAUGUAUUCACUAAGUGCUGCAUGUCCUUCAGAACUUCUUUCUGUAUUAUGAACUGGAAAAAAAAAAAUACAGCUACUGAACACUC